CCGCUCGAUGGGGAUUAACAGUGGAGCACCUCUUUGUGUCGCCUUUCCACCUCUGUGUAGCAAGAAAAACAACUUCAGCACUUCUUCAAUAAUAAUUAUGAAACUGGUAUUAACUGAAUGGCAAUUAUGGAUUUUUAACUCUAACUCACAGUAAACCAGCAAGCCAUAUGUUGAAAUUCCUACCAAAUAGUUUUUUUCUUCUUAAUGUCUCAUACCUGUACGAGAAUUUGCAAGAUACCUGUUUGUAUACAAGGAAUAUAAGCAUUACUUGCCUGAGGAACAGAAGUUGAAAGAGAAGACACCCUGAGUUGUCCUUGGAGAUAUGGUAAUAUUAUUUAUAUAGAUAUAAUAAAUAUAUAUAUUUUUAUGGUGAUGAAAAUGGCUCCUCAGAAUGCUGACUCGGAAUCUAUGCAAGUUCAAGAUCUACCUGUGGCACAGCUUCAGAAGCCAGAAAACAAGGAGAAUGAAAGCAGAGAGGAGACCAUUAGUGAAGGAUCCAUAGACCGGAUACCGAUCCGCCUCUGGGUGAUGCAUGGUGCGGUAAUGUUUGGCAGGGAAUUUUGUUACGCCAUGGAGACAGCUUUGGUAACACCCGUAUUGUUACAAAUCGGUCUUCCUGAGCAAUACUACAGCCUCACGUGGUUCCUCAGCCCUAUCCUGGGCUUGAUCUUCACUCCGCUCAUAGGUUCAGCUAGUGACCGCUGCACGCUGAGCUGGGGCCGCCGGCGGCCCUUCAUUCUCGCUCUCUGCAUCGGCGUCCUCUUUGGAGUUGCACUUUUCCUUAACGGCUCCGUUAUAGGUCUGGCUAUCGGCGAUGUCCCAGACAAGCAGCCCAUUGGCAUCGUGCUCACGGUGCUUGGUGUCGUGGUGUUGGAUUUUUGUGCUGAUGCAACCGAGGGGCCGAUUCGGGCCUACCUGUUGGAUGUGGUGGACAGUGAAGAGCAAGAUAUGGCCCUUAACAUCCAUGCCUUUUCGGCUGGUCUUGGGGGAGCAAUUGGUUACAUGCUAGGAGGGCUGGACUGGACACAGACCUUCUUGGGUAGUAUUUUUAAAUCUCAAGAGCAAGUCCUAUUCUUCUUCGCAGCCAUCAUUUUCUCUGUCUCUGUUGCCCUCCACCUUUUUAGCAUUGAAGAAGAGCAAUACAACCCUCAGCAGGACAGGAUAGAUGAUGAAGGAGACACACUUUCUAGCGUGAAAUUCAGCGGGAGUCUCCCCCCUCUGAAUCGACUCAAUGUCAUUAGUGAGGAAGAUCCAUAUGGAGCCUCUAUGUUCCAUGACGAGGUUCAGUCAGAGCACGAUCUCAGCAUGGAGUUCCUCGAGGUGAACAUUGUUAGGAGUAAGAGCGACUCUGUCCUGCACAUGCCCGAUGCUACGUUGGAAAUUGAAUCAGAGCUGCUUUUUCUGCACGACAUCGAACCCUCAAUUUUUCAGGAUGCUUCCUAUCCCAACACUCCCCACAACACCAGCCAAGAGAUCAUGAAAUCCAAACUCAACCGCCUGUCUGCUUUCCUCAGGGACAACGAGAAAGAGGAGGAGAUGUUGCUUGAUAAUCACUUGAAUGAAGAUAAAGGCCCAAACGCAAACGGCUCCCUACCAAAAGAGUUCCUCAACGGACACGCGAGAAUCGGCAUGAAGCAAUCGAGCACCUCAAACUCCAUGCGGAGGCGAAGGCACAUGUUCUACCGGCAGCCAUCCUACACCUUCUCCUACUACGGCAAAAUAGGCUCUCACCGUUAUCGAUUCCGUCGCGCCAACGCCAUCGUCCUGAUCAAGUCCUCGCGCAGCAUGAACGACAUCUACGACAUGCAGAAGCGGCAGCGCCAGAAGUGCCGGCACAGGAAUCAGAGCGGCACGACCAACUCGAGCGGAGACACGGAGAGCGAGGAGGGCGAAACGGAAACCACCGUGCGGCUCCUGUGGCUCUCAAUGCUCAAGAUGCCAAAGGAGCUGCUGAGACUCUGCGUCUGUCACCUCUUAACUUGGUUUUCAAUCAUCGCUGAAGCCGUGUUCUAUACAGAUUUCAUGGGGCAGGUCAUCUUUAAAGGUGAUCCAAAGGCCCCUUCUAAUUCGACUGAGUUACACGCCUAUAAUGCUGGAGUUCAGAUGGGAUGCUGGGGACUGGUAAUCUACGCUGCUACUGCUGCUGUUUGUUCAGCACUGUUGCAGAAGUACUUGGACAACUACGACCUUAGUAUAAAAGUCAUCUACAUCCUGGGCACGCUGGGUUUUUCUCUCGGCACUGCAGUGAUGGCCAUGUUCCCCAACGUGUACGUCACCAUGAUAAUGAUCAGCACCAUGGGGAUCGUCUCCAUGAGUAUCUCCUACUGCCCCUACGCGCUUUUGGGACAAUACCACGAUAUAAAGCAGUAUAUUCACCACAGCCCCGGGAACUCCAAGCGAGGGUUCGGCAUAGACUGCGCCAUCCUGUCGUGCCAGGUUUACAUCUCGCAGAUCCUCGUGGCCUCGGCGCUGGGCGGCGUCGUGGACGCCGUGGGCACCGUCAGGGUCAUUCCCAUGGUGGCGUCCGUGGGCUCCUUCCUGGGGUUCUUGACAGCCGCCUUCCUGGUGAUCUAUCCCGAAGUCAAUGAAGAGCCCAAGGAAGAGCAGAAGGGACUGGGCCCUCCGGAGAGCGCCGGGAGCAACGGCACCGACGCCGAGAAGCCGACGGUUCUGAAGCUGUCACGCAAAGGGGCCGCGGCGCCGGCGCCGGAGAGCGAAUCCGCCGUGUGAGGCCGCCGUUCACACACAUUCCAGGGAGCACAGGUGCAGGAUCAGGAACCCUUUUCUUUCCAAGAGAAUAAAUUCGGAUCGUCAGUCCUCAUAGCUAAAAUUGCGGAAAAUUGCAGGCAGUUUCAUGCAAAAAUGUAAAUGGAAUUCUGUAGUUCCCUAAUAUAGGUUUGAACAGGUAGCUAUGAUGCUAAUUGCUUUCUCUACAACUUAGAAAUGCCAUUUCUGAACACUUUUUUUAUUAAGAAUACAUUUAGAGUUCAAAUAAGUUUUAUUAAUCUGCAUGAGACUCACAAUGUAUACAAUUAGCAGUUAGAAAAAUUAAGUUUUCGGCUGUUUUUAAACUAACUGAAAAUGGAAAGCUAUCUCGACCUAUAGUCUCUUGCUAUUUUUGACUGACCAUUUCAGAUUUCACUAGCAUGGCACCUGAAUCAAAUGCUUAGACAUCUCAAUCAGUCUUCUUUCCUGAGCACGAUGGUAUUGGUCUGACGGCUGCAAUUCUUUAACGUUGAGUUUAGACUUUGUGGGUUUUUCUUUUGUUGGUGCAAUUGCUACAGUAAAGUUUCAUUUGCAAUCGUUCUUUUUCCAAGGCAAAAAAAGGCAAUUCAUGCAGUUUCUGAGAAACUGCUGUGAAUUUUCACGCGUGCUGUUCAGCAGCAGCACCCAAGUCUGCUGCGCGUUGGGAGCGGGGUGCACUGGGGUGACGCGCACCGGGGUGACCCGUAGGUGGAAGCAGCAGCCACUGCAGAGGCCGUCGGCACCCGCGGAUCUUUCCAACAACUGGAUGUGGCUGAAUUUCGUGGAUGUCAUUGGAACACGCUGUGACACUUCUCAGCUGGGAGUUUUGAUGAACUUUGGGGGGUUUUUCCAGCAUUCAAAGCCCAUGGAGUCUGGAUGAAGCUGUGGCGGAGAGGGGCGUCUCUGGGGCUGGUUUCGGGGUGGAGUGUGAGGAGUCUGCGGUGGGGAAAGGAAGGCGAUGCUUAAUUGCCCUUUUUACCAUCUUUUUGCUAUGGGAACGGCAGGGUCCGGUCACAUCAAAAGCUGUGUGGGGAACUGGUUUUAGGCCUCGCAGUCAGAUCCACGUCACCUUUCCAGCCCCCCGUCGGAGGCUGGAGCUCUGCGGAGCUGCUCUCCCCAUCCCACCAGCACCGCCUCCAAAUGCCUCCGUUCAGGAUACAGCUCCCUUUUUCCAGGCCCCUUUUCCAUGAAGAGCCUAAUGAGUGACGUUGCUCCAAUGAAAAACAUUCCUGGGGGCGCCAGCAGCAAAGCUCAGGUGGGCAAAGCUCAGAGAUCCAGCGGCCAGUUAAGGCACCUGUCAAACCCCAGCAGCUCCCAGCUCUUGUCUGAGAAACGAUCCGUGGUGCUGCCCGCUGCACAUGGACCUACGAGCCACAGCCAACCCUGGCGUUAACCCGACUGAUCCCAGCUCCUUGCAAGGCUUCUGCUGCCUCAACCUCCUCGUACUUGCAGUACUUUCAGAUGCAUGUGUAAAUCAUGCUGCAAUAUAGUCAUUCAGAAGAAAAAUAUAUAUAUAUUUCAAAAUGAAAAGCCGUUUUUAAUAAAUUACUUGAAUUGUCAAUGUAUUUAAGGAAAUAUGUAUGUUUUUGGUAUGUUUGAAGUCAACGCGCAGUCUUGGCCAACGUCACUGAUGAAUUCCCGGUCUCCACGCUGAAGGUUUUCCGUAGGGAUCUGAUUCCUGAGCUGUCCAGGGUGGCGAUGUUGUUUUCAGGCUGGUGAGAUUCAGAGCACUAAAGCAACCGUAAUCGCACGGGACUUUCUUAGUUUUUCCCAAGAAGGUCGUUUUUCUUUACAUUGAAUUUAUUUUUUCAUGUAGAACACAUACUGUGAAUUGUGUUCACACAGGGGAAUCAUACUACUGAGGAGUUAAGACCUUAUUGAAGAAAUCAGUUCUGAGAAAUACUUUAACUGAACUUCUGCAGUGAAUUUUAUCAUCUCAGUUACAUUUAAUAUAUUCCGAUGACAGGAGUGAGUGUUGUAUUUCACCCUGAUAACUGGCAUUCUUGUAAAAUAUAAAGUGAGUUAGACAUUUUAAAAGUGGCUUUAAUAUUUUAUUUUUGAAGGCUUUUUGCCGCUCUGACACUUGCGCCUCGGCCAGCUUCGGAGAUUUGUCCUGCGAAAGCUGCUUUUCCCUUGGAUUUGAGAGGAUUUUUCCUUUUGGCCCCGUCACUUCUCAGGGUAGCAUCCCCCACCUUACCUUUUGAUGCGAAAAGAAAGAUUUCCUUUGGUUUCCAUCACACCCAAGAAGUAAAGCGUGAGAUUUUUAUGUCUUCUUGCAGGAGCGGAGGAAAGGGAGAGCUGAGGAAUUUGCUCCUGGGCACAGCAGGUAUCUCCCCAGGUUUGCUGCUUUCAGGCCACACGCUGCAUCUUCGGAGCUCGGAUUUGUGAGUGUUUGAUGAAAACUUGGCAGCUGCAUCUUGCGUUGCAGCAGAGAAGCUCAAGGCUGCUCAUGUUGGAGCUGGAUUUUGGCACCAUCGGGUUGUCGCUGACUUUGCGCGCACGGUGCUUUCGGAGUCUGGAAGCAAUAAUUCCAUAGGGAAAAUUCC